AUGGAACUACAUAAAAUCACAAGUUUAUUGGAGUCUAUAAAAAGUUUUCUUGUUGCAAGGAGAAAGGAACUGAAGACUCCAGAAGAUAGGCCAUUACAUCCAAGAAUAGUUAACCAAGAAAGAGAUGGAUGUGUUUUAUUUACUUGGAAUGACUUUUCUUCUCUAACAAAGACGGAAACAGCAGUAACACAUGUUGGUAUUUAUGACCAUGUCUCUCGUUCACAUAAAGUUAUCUGGAUUUAUAACCAAAAGAUUAAAAUAGUAUCUUGUUCCAUCAACCAGGAAAGAUCCUUGCUUGCAUUAACCCUAGUAACUAAAAACAGUUCUUCACAAGAGCCUCACCAAGGUCAAGACAAAUACAGUGCAUUUUUAGCAGAACUGCAAGCUACGGGUGAAAGGGUGUUUUCCCUGAAUUUAGAACGACCCAACUUCUUAAAGGUACAGUUUCUGUAUCCCAGUGGCAAGGAAGUCAACACGACACGAGAGGCACAUAUGCUGGUGUUCCUUCACAAAGAAUCUAUUGGACUGUAUCAUAUACCACUGGCUAGAAUGGGAGACAAGGGUGUGAUUAUGAAUGAUCAACCAAGAACAGAACAGAUAGUUAAUAAGUUUGUAUGGUGUCAAUGGGAUGGACUGACUCAAACCUUACAUUACGUACACAAUACCAGGCAUAGCGCCAACCCGGAUAAAAUAUACCCCAAAUAUUCUUGUCUACAGUUCUACCAGAACGCCAGGUUUGACAACAUGGUUAGUGGACCUCUUGAGAAUGUUCAUAUGGCUGGAGCUUUUGAGAAUGUUCAUGUGGCUGGAGCUUUUGAGAAUGUUCAUGUGGGUGGAGCUCUUGAGAAUGUUCAUGUGGGUGGAGCUUUUGAGAAUGUUCAUGUGGGUGGAGCUUUUGAGAAAAGCUCUUGCAAAAAUGUCCAUGUAGGUGGAAUUCUUGAGAAUUUUAAUGUAUGUGGAGCUUUUGAAAAUGUUCAGCUAGAUGUUCCGUUAAAUUUUCCAUUUCCAUACAUCAGAUCAGCCUCCAGAUGUAGAUAUACAGAAUCACCACUUUGUCCAGGUAUUCCAGAUGCUGAUUUGAAUAUACAAGUUUUAAGUCAAAGUAAUGGUUCAGUUUGCAUUUGCUACCAACAUUUAAUACGGUCUAGAAAAUCACAGAAAUCUGAAGAAAAACACAAUGAUAUAGAUAUCAACUAUUAUAUUUUAAUGGUACAUCAUGCUAAAACUAUUCAUGGUUGUAUUAAUGGAAUAGAUAAAUCCACAGUUCACAAUCGACGUCUGUUAUUUCAAUGGUCAGGUGAUUAUUUAAUGGUGAUGUUACCAGGUACUUUUCUACAUUUAUUGAAUGUCAGCAUUGAAUAUGAGCCCUGUCAUCAUAUACUACUACACAAUAAGCCAAAUAGUACCGUGACCAAAAUAAGGCGUUCCUCGAGUACCAGAUCAUCCUCUUCCUUGUAUGAAGACAAAUCAACAACAGAGGAUGAAGCGAUGCCAUCUGCAUCUUCUAUGUCACCAGAUGAGACCUCAACUUCCCAAGAUGAGAGCCCUACUGUGCCAAAAUCAACCUCCCAACCAGCUGUAUUUCCAGUGACCAAUUUAAUGGGGCCGAAUAUCCGAUCUUUAAUACCUUGUUUUGGCUUCUUGAGGGAGACUUCAGGUAAUGGUCUUGUAUUUGAUCAGAAGAAUUGUGUGGUAUGGCAGGCGGUUAUUAAACCAGAAAUACUGUUACAGUACUUUUAUACUACAUCUUAUACCAAUAAACUAUCUAUAGUACAUUAUAUACUGACUAGAGUUAAAGACUUAUUUAUCAUUAAAAAGUUGUUUGAGAAUAUCUGUGAAGACGUUACAAAUACUAAGUUAAAAUUAUUUCUAGCUGAAUAUCUUGUUGCUAGUACCUAUAUCAGUAUGAAGAGACAGUUAGAAAAGGACAUCCUUAGACUGUUACCUUUUACUUCUGUAGAACCCUAUAAAGGUCAACUUGAAAGAAACCAAUCAGAAGAGAGAAUGGCAACUGUAACCUAUUCGUCUGUAGAUAGUAUAAACAUAACGUCUAAAACAGCUCGCGAACGUCAUUUCCGUCAGAGUGAGGACUUGUGGGAUUCCUUACGACGUAUGUUACAGUUAAAACAGAUAGAACCAGAACCUCGCUAUAAAUUAGACGCCAUUUCCAAAUUUCUAGACAAACAGCUGAAAGAGAAGGUAAAAGAAGAUCAUUCGUCAAGUUUCCUGGAUGAAGAGAAAGAUUUUCCCAGCAUAUCAAAACAGAGUUCAGGUCUAUCUACUAGAUCGUCCAGUUCUGCUGAAAGUACGUUUGGUAGUGUGCCAGACUUUUUAAACAGGAUAAGCCGAGAAACGCCAGGGAUCAAUAAGCAGGUAGAGAAUUGUUUAACAGAUCAUUUGGAACAAUAUUUGAAAAAAGAAUGGAGAAUCAAAGCUAAAAACAUUGCUCAAGAAUUUGUAGCCUGUCAGGCUGUACAAACUAAACAACUGUGUCAUUUUCUAUGGAAUGUCUGUGGACAGGAGAACAGCAGUGAUGAAACACAGCCUAAACUGUAUGAAUGCGGUAGUGUUGAAGAUUAUAAUAUGUUUCUAUUAUUAGAACGUUAUUAUCUCACAUUAACCGAGAUAUCUUUUCCGUUUCCACCAGGUUUUCACACUUAUUUUACAUCAAUGGCUUUUAGAUGUUUGAAUAUAACGUUAUUUCUGCAGUAUGUUGAAAGAGGUGUAUUAAAAUUAACUGGUGGUUUUAUGAUACAACUUUUAUCAGAUUUAUCAGAUGAAGGGGAAGAAUUCAAUUUGAAAUAUCACAUCAUUUCCAAAUUACCGAAACACCAAGCUGAGGAAUGUUUUAAAGUCUGGAAACAUCCUUGUACGGCUGCGUUCUUCGCUAAAAAACAAACAGCAAAUAUACUACAAUUAGGGAAAGAAAUAGACAAGAAAACACUAGCUUCAGUUAAAGCCAGUCGAUCGUAUAAUGAUGUUAAUCCUGAAGAUCAGGAGUCUACAUCCUUUGUUCCGUUAACUUCCUUACUACAACAUUUUGAAGACACAGUGUCAGUUAUGGCAUGGCAUGUUUCAACUAUCUGGAGAUUCGUCAACUGA